AUGGAUGUGGAGAAGAAAGGAGGUAGAAACUACCUUACCUGGAUGGAUGAAAUGGAUGAAGCAAUGCUGAAUGUGUUCGUGGAGCAUUACAAUAGAGGGGAUCGUGCUCAAAAUGGGUCGAAGCCACAUGUCUACACUGCAGUUGUCAAGAAUGUUCGAGCCAAGUGCAAUGUGGAUAUCACAAAGGAUAAUGUCAUAUCAAGGUGCAAGACUAUUGAUAGACACUAUGUCAAUGUCAGCAAGAUGUUGUCAACGAGUGGUUUUGGGUGGAAUUGGAUCCAUAACAAGCUUAUGGUUGAUAGUGAGGACGUGUGGAGAAACUAUGUCAAGGCAAACAAAGAUGCAGCAUGCUACAGGCACAAGGUCAUAAAGUUUUGGGACUCUAUCAGCCUUGUCUUCUCGAGGGAUCAUGCCACCGGAACGGGAGCCAGAACUGUUGGUGAAAGUGCAGCAGAAAUGGCUGCAGAGAAUGUCAACAACAUCAACACUGAUUCUGCCGCAACAUCUUCAACCCAAACCGGCGAGGAACAGAAGAGGAAAAGAUAUCGAUCGGAUGACUCAAUUGCAUCUAUGCUUGGAGAGAAAUUGGAUAAUUUUACCAGUGCCUACAAAGCUGAUAUCGCUCAAGUUGCUCCUCCUGAGAAACCCUCCUCUCCUGAAGAAAUACUUGACGCUCUCAAUGCAAUUGUGGGACUGGAUGAUGAUGGCUUGCUAGCAGCUUAUGAUUUCCUCAUAGCAGAUGAUCGCAAGUUCAAGGCUCUUAUGGCGCUGCCUGAAAGGAUGAAGAAGAAAUGGAUCCUCAAGCAAAUCAACCAAUGA